GGUUUGCAGUUUUGUAUUGAAAUUUGUGUUGGGAUUUGUUGGGUGCUCGCAUGUGGAAAUUUGGAAAAAUUUAGUUGUGGAUUGUGGGGAACUGAUGCAGUGGCGGUCCCAUUUCAUGUUAGAAAAGAUGGGUAAUCUAGACGCGCAGAGAGUGGUUCAUCAACACCAGGGAUGGCGGCUGAUCUCAUUUCAAAUUGGUUUCCUAUAUCUCAUGUCUGGUUUUGGUGGGAGUUUGCUUUCAGCUCUUUUUAUUCAAUAUGGUAUUUCUGUUGGUGCUUCUGGUGCACUUUUUGGUUUACUAGGAAGCAUGCUUUCAGAGCUCACAUCAAAUUGGACAAUUUAGCAGCAUUGCUUACUCUCCUUUUCAUCAUCAUAAUAAACUUAGCAGUGGGAAUUCUACCACACGUGGACAACUUUGCUCAUAUUGGAGGAUUUGUCUCCGGAUUUCUUCUUGGAUUUUUGUUUUUGAUCCACCCCCAGUUUAAAUGGCUUACCCAACGGAAUGCUCCCCCUGGACAUGUUACUACUCCAGUUAAAUCUAAACACAAAACGUAUCAAUAUGUAUUGUGGGUCCUCUCUUUGAUACUAUUGAUUGUUGGGUAAGCUCCUCCUCAAUCUCUGAUUUAACUGUUUGACUUAAUGAACCUAAUCGACUCCCUGCAUGAGAAUCUGGUAGCCACAGUUGACGUGUGCACAUUUUUUUUUUAUCAAAUCAGAGAACUGGAUUUUGUGUGGAUAUGUAGAUAUCAUGUGUCCUGUAAUAUUUUCAUUGCGAAUAGGCUAUGUAUCUGCUUGUUUCUUAUCAGCAUGGUUUGGAGAAGGCAUUGUGUUAUCGCUAUUCUCUGUGUAAUACUAAUU